GGCCAGCCGAGCUUAUUUUUUCCACGACCUGUUAUUCGCUAAUUUCCACUUCGAUUUCUCUCCUCCGUCCACUGACAUUCGCUUUCAUUGUCCUCCAUGCAAGCCAUACGUCUGGCGCGCCCUAGAAUCUCCUUGCGCCGUCUGGCGACUGUCGCUCAGGUGCCCACGUCCGGACCCUCGUCUGUGACCGCGUCUGUUAUUCCUCUCUCCAACGUCGAGGCACAAUGGGAAAAUAUGUCUAAGAGCGAGCAGGCAGUUGUUCACAGGCAGCUCGAGGAGUUACAGAAGAAGGACUGGAAGGCACUCUCGUUGGACGAGAAAAAAGCGGCAUACUAUGUUGCCUUUGGCCCGCAUGGACCCCGAGCUCCUGUCAGCCCACCAGGCCAGGGCUUCAAGGUUUUCCUUUCCACCAUGGGCCUUAUAGGUGUCGCUGGACUGCUCUCCAUGGCUAUCCGUUCACAAUCUCCACCUCCACCGAAAACGCUUACACGCGAAUGGGAGGAAGCAAGCAAUCAACGCGCACUCGAGCAAAAGUCAAACCCUAUCACCGGCAUAUCAUCGGAAGGGUACUCUGGGAAGGGGUACGUGGUGUCGAAAUAAAUGCAUUUUGGAUUUUCUUUUCUGCCGCUUACGCGCGCACACUAUGGUCAUUGUUCUGUGUCUGCUGUGAAGAGAAGAGAAAAGACUUACAUUAUACCGUAGAGUCUACUUUCCUUUUUUUACUUCUGCAAUUGCAAAACUGCAUGUGUCGGAAUCCAUUUUGGUGUGCGAUCGGUGCGGCGAUGCUAUUUAAGUUGUGCAGACAUUUCGAAAGGCACUGCUCGCGGCGCCUAGCAUGACAACCUCAGGCUUAAACAUUGACAUACGUAGAAAUAACCAAAGUUACUAGACCACAAGUGUAACCAAGC